UUCACAAAAAUUUUCAACAACCGACUUGUUAUUGUGCUCGCUGCCCUGUAUUUGUUUGGUCCAUAUAAGAGUAAAGUGAGAUAAAACGCAUAUGUUUAGCAUAAUUGUUGUAUUUAAAUGUUGCAUGCAUAUAAUGCACUAAGUGUCCCGUUCGUUCAACAAGGCGACAGAGGAGAACACAACAACAGUUGAAAGCCCCAACAAAAAAAAAACCCCCCAACAAGAACGCAUAACUAUGUCAUUUGUCGGCGGCGGGGUGGUGGGCGGUGGCACCGACGUGCACAAAUUCGUUGAGGCCCUGCAGGCAGACUUCAAGACGCUCUCACUUGAAACCAAGAAGAAGUACCCGCAAAUAAAAGAGGCAUGCGAAGAGGCAAUUUCGAAAUUAUGCACCGCCGGCAGCAGCCAACAAAAUUCUGUAUACUACACCGUCAAUCAGAUACUCUAUCCGCUGGUCCAGGGCUGCGAAACCAAAGACUUGAAAAUUAUCAAGUUCUGCCUGGGCAUGAUGCAGCGCCUGAUUACACAGCAGGUGGUAGAUCAGAAGGGCGCCCUGUAUAUAACAAACGCCUUGUGGACACUGAUGGAGCACAACAUUGAGGAGGUCAAGGUGCUGCAGACGGUGACGCUGCUGCUGACCACCAAUCUGGUGGUGCAUGGUGAUACGCUGGCCAAGGCGCUGGUCUUGUGCUUUCGCUUGCAUUAUACCAAGAAUCCAACAAUUGUAAACACAGCUGGCGCGACAAUACGACAGUUGGUCUCUCUGGUCUUUGAACGCGUUUAUUUGGAAAAAGACUCGGUGCACAGUCUGCAGCAACAGCAGCAGCAGCAGCAGUCGGGCACAAGCAGUCCGGAUGCCGAUGGCAAUAGCACACAGGAUGGACAAACUUUUGCCAUGGACGCCUUUCAUCUGUUUCAGGAUCUGGUGCAGCUAGUCAAUGCCGAACAGCCCUAUUGGCUGCUGGGCAUGACAGAAAUGACGCGCACUUUUGGACUUGAGCUGCUCGAGGCCGUGCUGAGCAAUUUUAGCGCAGUAUUCCACGAGAAUCAAGAGUUCCGCUUGCUGCUGAAGGAACGCGUUUGCGCAUUGGUCAUAAAACUAUUCUCGCCCAAUGUCAAGCACCGCCAGCUGCCAGCGCCAAGCAACGGCACAGCUGCAGUGCCCGUGGACAAGCCAUAUUUUCCUAUAAGUAUGCGCCUGCUACGCCUGGUGGCCAUAUUAAUACAGAAGUAUCAUACUAUAUUGGUUACCGAGUGCGAGAUAUUUUUGUCGCUAAUCAUCAAGUUCUUGGACCCGGACAAACCGCACUGGCAGCGCGCCUUGGCUCUUGAGGUCAUUCACAAGCUGGUCACACGCUCCACGCUAAUUGCCUUCUUCUGCAAGUCGUAUGAUUUGAAAAAUCAUGCCACGCAUAUUGUGCACGACAUGAUCGCCGCCAUGGGCAGCUAUGUGCGCUACUCACUGAUCAAUGCGUCUGCCGUGCUGAGCAACGGCGGACAACAGGCAGUUGGCGCCGCUGGGCAACAGCCCAGCACAUUGUCGGCGCUGGCUAGUGGUGGCAACAAUCAGUGUGGUUUUAUGUUCCGCGGCGCCUAUCUCCCACUGGUGGCCACCUUUGCGCCCGGCCUAUCCAAGGCUGUUUACCUGGAAAUGCUGGACAAGCUGGAUGCGCCCAACAUACCCGAUAGCUAUGGCAUUUCGCUGGCCUAUGCCAUUUUGCUGGACAUGACGCGUUCGAUUGGCGGCGUUAUACAACGCACGCCGGAGCUGCAUCCCUCGCACAACAUGGCCGUUAUUACCGAGGAGGAGCACAAGCCAUUGUGCCUACAACUGAUCAAUUCCAGCUGGUCUGGCCUGCUCAGCGCAUUCAUUCCGCUUGUGGAAACGUCCAUCGAUGAGGGCACCACAGAGAACAUUCUGAAGGCCAUGCAAAACUACGCAGCCCUUUGCGGCAUGCUGGAUCAAUUGCAGCCGCGCGAUGCCUUUAUUAUGGCCAUGUGUCGCGCCUCUUUUCCGCCACACUAUGCCAUGUCCAUAUUUGCCAACGCCGCCCAGCUGGACGCAGAUCUCAGAUGUCACACACGCAGCGGCAGUCAGGAUCUGAGCAGUCAGUUCAUCAACAGCUGCAAUGCCGACGGCGGCGACUUUCGGCCACAGAUCGUGGCGGUGGGCACGCCACUGCCCAGCGCCUCGUUGCCGCACAGCGUGAUGCAGGCCCCAGUGAUGCUGACCAACAAGAAUUUGCAGUGCAUGCGCGCAAUUCUGCUGCUGGCCCACAACAAUGGCAGCAUACUGGGCACCUCGUGGCACAUUGUGCUGCAGACAUUGCAGCAUUUAGUUUGGAUACUGGGCCUAAAGCCCUCAACGGGCGGCAGUUUGCAGGCGAUGCCCAAGCCCGCCGUGGAAGCCAAUGUGGGCAUACAGACGGCGGUAAUGGCUGACUUGCCGGUGCUGUCCCAAAUGAUUGGCCAACUUUUCGAAUCCAGUCAGUAUUUGGAUGAUGUGGCGCUGCAUCAUCUGAUCGAUGCGCUGUGCAAGCUCUCCCACGAGGCCAUGGAGCUGGCCUAUGCCAACCGGGAGCCCUCGCUGUUCGCUGUGGCCAAGCUAAUGGAAACGGGUCUCGUCAAUAUGCCACGCAUCGAGGUGCUCUGGCGGCCGCUCACCAAUCAUCUGCUCGAGGUCUGCCAGCAUCGACACAUACGAAUGCGCGAGUGGGGCGUGGAGGCCAUCACGUAUCUGGUCAAGUCGGCGCUGCAGUUCAAGCACAAGCAGCCGCUCAAAGAGAACCUGGAAUUGCAAACCAUGCUGCUGAGUCCGCUCUCCGAGCUGUCGACGGUAUUACAUGCGGAUGUGCGUCAGCGCCAAUUGGAUUGUGUGCUGCAAAUCCUCAAUACGGCGGGUGAAAUUCUGUCCUUUGGCUGGCCUGCCAUCAUUGAGAUAAUUGGCGCUGUUAAUGAGCAUCAUGGCGAACCGCUGAUCCGCACCGCAUUCCAGUGCCUGCAGCUGGUCAUUACCGAUUUUCUAACCGUUAUGCCUUGGCGCUGUCUGCCCCUGUGCAUCAGCACAGCGGCCAAGUUUGGCUCACAGACGCAGGAGCUGAACAUCUCGCUAACGGCCAUUGGGCUCAUGUGGAAUAUCUCGGACUUUUUCAAUCAAAAUCAGGACAAACUAAUGUCCACACAGCUAGAGGAUGUGGCCAUAUUGCCGGACUUUCCUGGCACCCUUAAAAUGCCUCAGUUUGACAAGCUGUGGAUGUGCCUGUACGCCAAACUGGGCGAGCUGUGUGUGGACCUACGGCCAGCAGUCCGCAAAUCCGCCGGGCAAACGUUAUUCUCGACAAUUGCAGCGCAUGGCAGCCUGUUAAAUCCACCCACAUGGCAGGCACUGGUCUGGCAGGUGCUCUUCCCGCUGCUGGACAAUGUGCGCGCGCUCAGCAGCUCCGCAAGCAACGAGAAGGUGGACGCCAGCGGUAACAUUCUGAUUCACCAUUCGCGUAAUACCGCCCAAAAGCAAUGGGCCGAAACGCAGGUGUUGACCUUAUCCGGCGUGUGUCGGGUAUUCAACACAAAGCGCGAGCUGCUCCAAAUGCUGGGGGAUUUCGAGCGCGCCUGGUCGUUAAUUCUGGAGUUUAUACAGAAUGCAGCGCUCAGCAAGAAUGGCGAAGUUUCGCUGGCGGCGCUCAAGUCCCUGCAGGAGAUUAUGUACCACACCAGCACGGAGCGUGGGCUCAAGGAUGGCCAAACGGCCCAGCAGCAGGACGAGGAGAUCUGGAACAUUGCCUGGAAUAUUUGGCUAAGCAUUGGCAUGGAGAGUACCAAAAUGUCGGCGACAACAAGGCUUUUGCCCGGCGUUCCAGGCGGAGAUAGCCAAGAGGAUUUCUACAUUCCCAGUCAGGCAUUUCUCACGGCCCUAAUACAAAUCUUUCCCGCAAUUUUCCAGCACAUUCAAGUCAGAUUUAGUGCAUCCGAUUUUGAUAAGUUCUGCACCGUGCUGACCAAUGCCGUUUGCAUACCCGUGCAAACGGAUGCCGUUCCUUACAUCAUGUCCACGGUGUCGGACACGCUGCUGACGCCGCUGCAUGAUGGCAUACUGGAGUGCAUGGAGCUGAUACAGAAGGAGGCCAUCAGGCCGGACUCGGAGUCGAGCAUACGCCAACUCAUACCCGCCAUUUUUCGCCAGCUGCUGAUAUUUAGCAAAUUCGCGUGCGCCCCGCCCACCUUUCAGCAGAGCGUAGAGCACAACAAGUACGGCAAAUCGGGCAAUCAUUAUGCCAACAAUGCAUCUGUGGAAGUGGUUAGCAUGAACUAUAUACCCUUUGGCGAGAAGUCCAUUAGCAUUUGCGUGAAACUAUACCAAAGCACGGCCACCGAGGAUUCGGUAGUGCAGGAGCAGAUAUUGCACGACAUUAUCAAGGCGCUGCGCACCCCGCUGGCCAUGAAGUACAAGUGUCUAUCGUCGAGCACCUGGAAGCUGGCCAUUUCCAGCCUGAUCAGCGUGCUGCACACUGGACUUAAAGUGGCGCGCACUAAGCCGCAACAUUUUGCCAGUCAGUGGGAUGAUUUGGCCGAUACGCUGGACAAGUUUCUGUUUCCAAUCAGCGUGUGCACCAUUGAGGAUCGCGGUCUUGAGGAGAUUGUCCUUGAUGAGACAAUCGAUUGCCAGGUGAUUGAGCUGCUGCGCGACGAGGUGCUGCCGUAUGCCCACGAGUUGCCGCAUCAGUUCAUAAUGCAAAUUGUGGUGCUGCUCAACAAGGGCUCCAUACACUCCGCAUCGGAUAGCAACAUUUGCUACGAGUCCGACUGGAAGCUGCGCGAAAUCUUUGCCAAAACCUGUUUCGAAACGCUGCUGCAGUUCUCUCUGCUGGAGGAUCAGGCAACGGCUACGGCAUGCAAUAAUAAUCGUCUCAAUGCCAAUUUACUGACCGCCGGCGGCGCAGGUGCGGUGAAUAAGGAUUUUGCUGGCCGCCUGGCGGUCACGGCGCUGCUGCAUCGCUUUCAGGAGGUACUCAAGCGCUUUAACGAUGAUGAGCGCCAGAGCGGCAAGUGCCCGUUGCCCAGGUUUCGCCUCUCGGAAAUAUCCUUUGUGCUGAAAGCCAUUGCAACACUUGUCGUCUCCAUGAAGAAAGCGCCAGCAUCCAAAGUUAAUAAGCCCGCCUGGGAUUUACUGAUUGGCCUGUAUCCCUAUUUGGUGGACUGCACCACAACCACAUCGCCGGAGGUCUCGCGUUCGCUGCGCGAGGCGUUGCUGCAGUACACAGAUCUUCUGCAGGCGCCCAGCUACGUCAAGGACAAUGCGAUACAAUCGAAUGGACAGCAGUGAGCAAACGUGUGGAGGAUAAGCGUGCGGUUAAUCGUUUUUAGUUGUUUAAGUCAAUGUCCUUUUGAAUAUAUAUUAAUAUAAUACAUAUUUAUUUUAACUCUGCAUAAUUUAGAAAACCGAAAACAAAAAACAUGUUAUAUAUGAUAUAUGCUUAUGUCCCACUCUCCUUCCCUAGGCCUCUUAUAUAUUUGUAAAAGUAUUGUAGUAAAAACUAAGUAUAUUAUUAUCCAUUUACACAAGUUCACAGUUGCAGCUGUCAAGAGCUUAGCGGCUCGAUAAGAUAAGCUGCCCCAACAAAUCGGUUAACCUACUAUGCAGCAGCCUUAUCUGACAAAUAUUUCUUUAGUACCUUGGUGAGACGCUGUUUACUGAUAUGAUAUAUACAAAAAAAAAAAAAAACUAUCAACUAUAUGAUAACUAAACAUUGAGCUAUGCGUGUAGCGCAUUUUAAAGAACCUACCUAGAAAAACAAAUAGACUUGCGUGUUAUCUGAAUCAAAUAUUAACACUUAAUCAGCAACAACUUUGUAGUGACGUUUUUAAAUAAAGCAAAAUUUACUAUCGCAUUUU